UGCAAAGGCGCCCAUCAGCGAGUGUGCGCAAUCCCUUCAUGUCCGCCUCAAGCGGCCGUCUUCAGCUCUUCCACACAUUGGAACGUCUCAAAACACAGAAACGAACGGGAUGGGUUCGCGAGCAACUAGAGCGGCCAGAGAGCAUUGCUGAUCACAUGUACCGCAUGGCCGUGCUCGCACUUCUCUCUGAAGAUAUCCAGCUCGAUAUAGCCAAGUGUGUGUUGCUUGCAGUGGUGCACGACCUGGCAGAAGCCGAAGCGGGCGACAUCACACCUUUCGACGGCAUCUCACGCGACGAGAAGCAAAAUCUCGAAGCAAAGGCCAUGGACCACAUGCUUCGUGAGCUUCUGCCCGCCGACUCUCACGCUUCGAAGAGGAUCAUGGCAUUGUGGCAAGAGUACGAGGAUGCGACCACGCCGGAAGCCAGGUUUGUCAAAGACCUAGAUAGAGUAGAAAUGGCUUUGCAAGCUGUCGAAUACGAGCGAGAUCAAACUCGAAUACUCCAGCCAUUCCUCGAAGCGAGUGUACCAAAGAUACAGCAUGCCGAAGUGCGCGGCUGGGCUGACGACCUCAUGGCCGAACGUGAUGAGCUAUGGCGCAAGCGUGAUCGUCUCUCGGAGAUCAGGCCAGUCAGCACGAUCUCGCCCAAAAGUCAGGGUCGCAGCCAGAGAAGUCUCAUCAUCGUCAUGGGUGUCUCUGGAUCUGGGAAAUCGACAAUCGGCAGGGGCAUAGCAAAUGAGCUCAAAGCGACCUUUAUCGAUGGCGACGAUCUGCACUCGCCGGAGCAUGUAAAGAAAAUGGCGAAUGGCCAGCCGCUGACAGACGAGGAUCGAUUACCUUGGCUGCACAAGAUCCGCGAGACCGCCAGCCAGGUAUUGGGUGAAGCAUCGCAUCAGUCUCUUGUUUGCAUCGCAUGCUCUGCUCUCAAGCAAUCGUAUCGUGACAUUUUACGCGGAAGCGCCGACGAGCAUCCUAUCGAUCUCAAGACGUACUUUGUCUAUUGCAAAGGCAGUCAAGCGCUUCUCCAGGAGCGCAUCAGCAAAAGAGAGGGCCACUUCAUGCAUGCCCACAUGCUUCAAAGUCAACUCGAUACGCUCGAGGAGCCGAGUGCAAACGAAGACGAGACUCAUGGCGUCGUCAUCGUCGACAUUGAUCAAUCGCCCGAGGCCAUCACGACCGCAGCCGUCUCGCAAAUUGUGGCCCUGCUCGAUCUAAAACAAUCUUUGUAACUUGUACAAGGGCUAGCAGAUGUAACAGGCUUGUAUUUCGUGACGAGAUGUGGAUGUAGGAGAGCAGGCUCAGGCGAUUCCGCGUGAUUUGCGGUAUUCGCCGUCGGCCUGGACGGAAGCCUCGUCGAGGCUGGCAGUGAUACCUUGGAGCACCUUUGCUGCUUGUUCGUG